AUGACUGUCUGGGACAGAAUCACCCGAUUGAUUGUCGGACGUGCCGCUGCUGAGAAAAGCGAGCACAAGAAGUUGGAAAAGAAGUACCAGGAAGCUGAAGCAGCUCUCAAACUCAUCACUGAGGUUGCCCCUGAGCCACUACCACAAUGUCUCAGCAGAGCGCCCUCGGUCUGGAGUCCAGCCGUCUCUGCAGAAUCACGCAGACCGCGUGAAGGAGCGUUACGCAGAGUAUCACAAAGACCAAACUACGAGCGUGCUUCUUCAACUCCUCCCGUGACCCAUGUCACACCUCGCAGGUCACCAUCAGGCCCACCAGACAUCACCGCUCGGUCUCUUAGCCAAGAGGACUUGAAGCGCAAUUACAGCAGUGAGAGCUUCUGGGAUCACUCAAAACACCCACUUCCUCCUUUGCCAGAAAUGACCGGCUUCGGAAAAUAUCGCCGAGCCGUCAAUGCCUCUCCAGAGUGGCAAUUGGAACACCUUCACAAAGACAUUUACGACCUGAGCGACAUUAUCUGCGGUCACUUGGGCUCGCAGCCUCCUGUUGGCUUGGACCCAGAGAUCUGGAAUCAGUACAGAACUCACUACGCGCGAACCACCAGCUUUGUAAGCUCCCGAAGCUCCAAGGCAAGCACCGAACCUACUGUCGCCAUCGAAUUUUACAACCCAGUCACUGGGACCAAAAUCACUCGCGGGUUUUCCGCUUCAACCAUCACUGCCACCAUCAGUGCCAGCACGAGCCCAGCAAGCUCUUUUACGGACUCAAACCCCUUCCGCAGCGAUUCCAGUUUCUCCAAAUCAAGCAUGGCUAGCCCUAUGUCCGACGUCCAUGCAAAGAGCGGCCAUAUCCGGUCGCGAAGAUCAAGCCGGAAUUCUUCAUAUCAUACUAGCAUGACCUCAAUGAAUCCAUUGAGCGCCAUCAGCGAAAUUCAAGAACCAUUUACCAAUCUCGGUCGUAAGAUCGAAAAACCCUGUCUGUUCGACAUGAACGGAAACACGGAGAGCGCACUUGCUUCCUCCGACGAAGACGACGACGAAGACUUGUGGGAAGACAUGGAUGACUAA